UUCCUGUUCUUUUCUUUUCUUUUCCAUUCACACAGUCAUUUUUCUCUUCUUCCAUUCCACUUUGGUUUUCAUUUUAAUUACAGAUAAAUAGAUAGAUAUAUUGCAUUAGCACCACCUCAACAUCAACACCAACAAAUAGAAGCAAUAACACAACAUGUCUGAAGUAAUAAACGACGUAGUAGUGGUAAAGGAGCAAGCACGCGCACAGGCUCAAACACAAGCGCAAGGCGGCGGAUGGAAGGACUUUGUUGCUGGGAGUCUGGCUGGCGCGACACAGGUAGCAAUCGGGCAUCCGCUGGACACAAUCAAGGUGCGCAUGCAGGUGGAGGGGACGCGAGUGUUCAGCGGGCCAGUGGACUGCCUGACGAAGACGGUGCGCAGCGAGGGCGUGCUUGGGCUGUACCGCGGCAUGGCGGCGCCGCUGGUGGGCAUUGCGGCGGUCAACUCGCUGCUGUUCUGGACAUACUCGCUGGGCAAGCGGUUGCAGACGGGCGCGGCGGGUGGCCAGGCGACGCUGGCGCAGGUGGCCUUGGCCGGCGCCGGCGCCGGCGCAGUGAACAGCGUGCUGGCGUCGCCAGUGGAGCUGAUCAAAGUGCGGCUGCAAACACAGCGCAGCGGCGGCGGCAGUGGCAGCGGCGGGCCGGUGCAGCUGGCGCGGCAGCUGGCGGCGCAGUUCGGGGCGCGCGGGCUGCUGUGGGGGUUCUGGGCGACGGUCGCGCGCGAGGUGCCGGCGUACGCGGCGUUCUACAGCGGCUUCGAGUUUGCCAAGCGGCAGCUGGCGCGCGGGAGCGACGCAAACCUGGGCGCCGGGUCGCUGAUGGCGGCGGGCGCGUUCGGCGGCGUCAGCUACUGGACGGCGGGCUACCCGCUGGACGUCAUCAAAAGCCGCGUGCAGAACGCCGCGGCGCCGCCUGCGCGCGGGCUGGGCUACCUUGCGGCGGCAGCGCGCGCCGUGUACCGCGAGCAGGGCGUGCGCGGGUUCUUCCGCGGCUACUCGACGGCUGUGGUGCGCAGCGUGCCGGCGGCCGGCGCGACGUUUGCCGUGUACGAGCUGGUGCUGCGCGAGCUGGAAAAGUAGGCUGGCCGGUGCAGGCUGA